AUGAAUCAAAAAGGUACUGAAAUCGAUGAAUCCUACAUUGAUUCCCAAGAUAUUAAGCAUUCCGACCACAACCAUGAUGACAGCAAUACAGAGGAUACGAUAGAGGACGUUCAAGACAAUCGAUACAAGUGUGAUAUCUGCAAAUAUGAAAUUGAAGGCUACCGGUCAUUUGUGUUCCACUUGAAACUAGCUCACAAAAUGCACUACAUCAAGGGCCUAAUUCAGAAGCAUUGGUUACGCAUAGAGGAUGAAGAGCCGCCUUAUACUUGCUCUGAAUGUCAAAAAGUAUUUAAAACAGCCAGACACUAUGAGAUUCAUCGGGGCUCUGUUCACAAGAAAGAUCUGCUAGCGUCCAUUAGCAAGAAUAUAAUGCCUAAAAUCAAUGGCCCCACUAACUACUGCCAGGCAUGCGAAGCGACAUACUCAAAUAAGAACAACUACAAGGCACAUUUGAGAAAGGUGCAUAGAAUGGCCAUCAUCAAUCGCGACGCCAGCAUCAUUCCAGAUCCAUAUGACCCCGAAUUUUAUUGUCGAGCUUGUCAGAAGAAGUAUGUUAACAAGAAAAAGUAUCGCAAGCAUUUGUAUAGCAUUCACAAUAUACGCGGUGUCAAGAACAAAUUAAAAAAAGCUACGAUAACAGCGGAAGAUUCAGAAACGAUGCAGACACAACGUCGUGGUAUUGGGUUAGACUCAAUGGACGAGUCAAGACCAAAGACCAGAGCUGCCUUGAGAGCUGUCUUGAGAGCAAAGCCUGCGUCAGAUGCUCCCAGAUUAAUUUUGAAGCCAAAAGAGUUGGAUGCUAAAGAAAAGGAGGCUGCAGACUUAGAAAAGGAGGUAAACAGCUUUGUCGUUGGAAAACGAAAGAAGCCAGCAAGCGAUGAUUUUUUACCAGACAUCAACGAUCCCAACAACUAUUGCCGUGUCUGCGACAAGACGUAUUCCAACAAAUAUGGCUACCGCGUCCAUAUGGAACAUUUGCACAACAUGAAGUUGCCACAACUUGUGAACCCUAAUGGAAAGAACAUGCCCAGCCCCAUCCUCCCCGAUCCUCAUGAUCCUGACUAUUAUUGCCGUGUGUGCCAGAUCACAAACUACAAUAUAACAGCUCAUCGUCGCCACUGCAGAAUUGUACAUCAAAUGGUAUUUGAGCGAAGAUACAAGAACCCGGAUGCAGUUAUAGACAUUGAUUCACCUGACUUUUACUGUCCUAAAUGUGAAAAGCACUUUGAAGGAAAGUAUUACUACAGAAGUCAUCUCAAAUCAGUGCACGAAAUCGUAUACAAGCAGGCAAAGCUGUCGGUCAACAAGGAAGUAGAAAUCGACAUUGACAGCCCUGACUUCUUUUGUGGAAAAUGCGACAAGAAAUUCAACGAAAAGUAUUACUUUAGGAGACAUCUAAAAUAUGUGCAUGAUCUACGAUACAAGAGUGCAAAACUUGAAAAGAAAGAUAAUGACAGAAAGCGCGUAAAAUUUGUCAACCUUUAA